AUGGUGCCUUAUGUCACAACAAUUUUUGGCGGCCUUCAUGCAGGCAAGAUGGUGAUGCUGCAGGGUGUGGUCCCGCUAUGUGCACGCAGGUUUCAGGUGGACUUCCAGUGCGGCUGCAGCCUGUGUCCCCGGCCAGAUAUCGCCAUCCACUUCAACCCUCGCUUCCACACCACCAAACCCCAUGUCAUCUGCAACACCUUAUACUAUGGACAGUGGCAAACAGAGGCCCGGUGGCCUGGCCUAGACCUGCAGAAAGGGGCCAGCUUCCUCAUCGUCUUUCUCUUUGAAAAUGAGGAGAUGAAGGUGAGUAUAAAUGGAAAGCAUUUUCUCCACUACCGCUACCGACUCCCGUUGUCCCGGGUAGACACACUGGGCAUAUAUGGUGACAUCUUGGUGAAGGCUGUUGGAUUCCUGAACAUCAAUCCAUUUAUGGAGGGCAGCAAAGAAUAUCCAGUUGGACACCCCUUCCUGCUGUAUAGUCACAGACUGGAAGUGCCCUGCUCACGUGCUCUUCCUCAGGGUCUCUGGCCUGGACAAGUCAUCAUAGUUCGGGGACUGAUCUUGCAAGAGCCAAAGGACUUCACCCUGAGCCUGAGGGAUGAGACCGCUCACGUUCCUGUGACACUCAGGGUUUCCUUCGCAGAUAAAACCCUGGCCUGGGUUUCCCCCUGGGGACGCAAGAAGCUGAUCUCAGCCCCCUUCCUCUUUUACCCUCAGCGCUUUUUCGAGGUGCUGCUUCUGUGCCAGGAGGGAGGACUGAAGCUGGCACUCAAUGGGCAGAGGCUGGGAGCCACCAGCCUGGACCAGCAGGCACUGGAAAGACUGCGGGAGCUCCGGAUCAGUGGAAGUGUCCAGCUUUACUGUGUCCACUACUGA